UGCUGAAGAACUUUAUCAUAAAAGUUAAGACAAACAUGUCGAAAUUGGGUCAACACCCAGAUCUUGAGAUUUCCCAAAUUAACCAUUUAUUUAAAGAACAAGCAGGAAUUCAAAACACAAUCCAGUCUGAGUCAUUUUUAAGCCUGUGUUUUGUACAUAUCUUUUGAGGAAACUUAAAUUAAUAAGAUAAUUAAUUUAAGGAAUGGGGACGUGGAGGCUGGUCCCCUAAUGAAGUUCUCCCUUGGGUCUCAAAAAACCUCGGAGCGGCUCUGUUUCUUAAAGUCUAUAUCCUUAACUCACAAAAAACUGUUUAACUACAAGAAUGGUUCCUUUACUCUUACGAAAUACUGAAGGAACAAAUGGACCAAUAGUUUUUGUUUUGGACUUUUUUGGGGGGAGGUCAGCCAUUCAUCCGGAAUGGAGUCGCCCUCUAUCUUUAUGGAAAUGCUCAGUUGGAUUCAUAAAAAAAAAACAAAAAAACAAAGACGAUGGUAAAAUUCAGAGAGCUUCUAUGUUUCUUUGUGCUGUGAUGGAUGGGUUUUGCUGUAAACCUUCAACAAAGAGUACAGACACAAGGCGAGAUAGUUCCGCCUUAAAAUCUGUGUGCAUCUGUUUUGUUGGACGGAGGCGCCAUCUUCAGUCCACCUUAAGCGCACAAUGUGGCCAACGAACGCUGGAGUUCCUACAGGGCUACGGCAAGCAGUUUGUGUAAAUAUUUCACAUCCCUAAGACAUAGUUAUUGUCUGCUAAUUUGCAACAGCUGUAGUUCAACGUGUCCUCAUACUAAUUAAUUAUUUUUGCUUCAUUUGUCCCUAAUUGAAAAAAAAUUAUCUAAAGCACACCGUUAGUGAUAUAUAACAAUAUAUACACCAAAAAUGAUUUUAGAUUUGUCAAAUCCCAGAGAAUCUAAAAAUAUUCUCUGGGAUUUGAGACUUUUGAGAAGUUAGAAGUAAGCUUCUAACUUCUCAAGUUAGAAGCUUACUAACUUGAGAAUGUUAACCCAAAUGUUAACUCCCAACACUUGGGUUAUGCAGAGAAACAUCUGCGGAUGCAAUUUAAGGUAGCACUUAAAACAGUUUGUGUCCUUGAGUGACAUCACAGGAAAAUCUUAAGCAAUCAUACAUGGUAUUAGAGAAUUGCGGAUCUACAGGAAUCCACAAUGUGAAUGUGCGACUGUGGCGCAGGAAGUCUAACAUGUGGUGGAAGACCUUGGAGUCAGAAGACCUGCAGUGCAGGAGCUUGGACUCUGCAGGCUGGUGGUGCAAAAGUGUGAAGGGCUGCGGCUGCUGUGACAUGGCCAAUUAGGUGGCCAGCACCGAUGGCAGAGCAACCUGAGGUGGUUGACAUAUAUGCCUUGAAAAGCCCUGACGAUGGCCAUUGAUGAAGGCAGAGGAACCUUGGGGACCCAUUGGCAUCAGCUGAGGAACUUGGUUGGUGGUGGUUGAGGAACAACCAAUGAGCUGGUGGAAGAACAGCUGAGUGUCUGGAGAGGCGGAUGGUAUCCAGGUGCUUAGAGGCUGCAGGCUUGCAGUGGCAGGUGUCUGGAAGCUGGUGGCGGUGAAGAGGCUGGACCUGAGGCCGGAUACGAUAAAGUCUGGAAGCUGCAGAUCUGUGAUGCAGGAGCUGGGAAUCCGGAAGCCUGCAGUGCUGAAGGUCCGGAGGAUUGUGAUGUGGUUGGUGACCCUGAAGAGGAAAAAGUGCCCAUCCUCACACACCUAGGCCUGGAGCACUAAGCAAUUAAAUGCACGAUGAAUUAAAACAAGCUCAAUAAUUGCCAUCUGCGUGAUUUAUCAUUUUUCUCUUUUCUCUCUCUCUUUUUCUACCAAAAACUGGAUGACAAAAAUCUUCAGUCUGGUGCUGUGGUCUCAAUCAGCCCUUUUUGAAGAACAAAUUUGCUUACAGAGACGUCAUAAUUCAUUUUACUUGUUGUUUUGUUUAUUUAUGUUAGAUAUUUAAAAUGCCUUUCGAUCUCCCUGUUAAAUGUUUAUUAGAAUCUUUAAGAAUGUGUUCUUGCACUGUAUGCCAUCGUUACCACGGUAUUACUUGAAAAUAGUCUCAAAAGAACAAUAUUAUCGUUUAUCGCAAUGACCUCUGGGACAAUUUAUUUGUCACCGUGACAGGCACACCUGAAUUUCCCCACUUUGAGGCAAAUAAAGAGUAAGUCUAUUCUAUUCUUCGUCAAAGAUACGGAAUAUUUACAGCAACGGCUUGCCAUAGCCUUCCGUCCUCAGUUCUCCAGCCAGAGAGGGGGGCGGGGGGGCACCGCCGCACUUUGGCUUCCCAGCUCUGACACAGCGUCACCGGUGAAACAAGAAGACGCACUCUCGGGCCGAGCCCCGUCCGCACCCACAAAGGAGAGAAGAUGUCCGAGCCCAACAAGUACCGAGAGUGGAUCCUGGAAACUAUCGACUCUCUGCGUUCGAGGAAAGCCCGUCCGGAUCUAGAAAGGAUUUGUCGAAUGGUCCGGAGGCGACACGGGUCAGACCCAGACCGAACCAGGACGGAGCUGGAAAAACUCAUCCAGGAGCAGACGGUGCUCAAAGUUAGCUACAAGGGAUCGAUAUCGUACCGAAACGCGGCCAAGGUGCAGAGGAAAAGCAGAAAACGGAGCGAGUUCGGCGGCGACGCGGAUGCACCGAGGGAGCGGACCAAACCCGAUCGUCCGAACAACAACAACGGCGACAGCGCGCACAGCUUCACCGACCCGGAGGAGGGCGAGACGGAGCCGGAUCCCCACGUCGAAACAUCAGUCAGCAGUCGAAACAAAAAGCUCCAGCCUGCCUCCAGCCCGGGUAGCGGAAACGCGUGCCUCAGUUGUGGCGCAACAACGAGCUGCGCUGUCGGGAGCGGCUGUGAAGAGGAGAAAGCAAGUGCACCGAGAGACAAGGGAUUAGGACAGCAGGGAACGGGGGGCUGCCUGCCGCUCGGCGCGGGCACCGGAGACCGGAGUGAGGAUGUUCCAUCCGGCGGAGGAAAGAAGUCCGGUCUGUCUGGAGCUGACACCCGAAGCCAAACUUACUCUGGGAGCGACAGCCAAGCCCAGACACAGAGGCAGACCGAGUCUGGCCAGCCCAAACUUCGACUCGGAGGAGGAACCACCAAAGCAGCGCACCGCCACGCCAACUCCGAGCUGCGCGAACUGGCAGCUCUGUCCGAGAAGCCCCUCCGAGCGGCAGGAGGUGGAGGUGGAGGUGGGGGUUCCGCCGCCGCGACCCGAGGCCACGUGAAGCCGCUGGGCUUGAAGGAGAUCCUGGGCUACCUGAGCAGCCAGGAGCGGCUGUCGGAGGAGAAGCUGACCCGUGGCAAAGUCAAAGUGGUGAUGGAGAGAGAGGUGGAGAGGGGCAGGCUGCGCAGGACGCGCUGCGGGAACAUCACUCUUCCUCUGCGGGGGAUGGAGCCGGACGAGCCCGAGCCGAGUGAUUCGUCCGCCGACAGACUUGCGAGAAGCGCACUGCAGGACAAACGCGCAGCGAAAAAGUCCCCACCUCCAGCCCGUCUGGAGAGCGAGCCCAUGGAAACCGGCGAGGAGGAAGAGGAGGGCCGGGGAGGAGAGGAGGAAGAGAAAGACAAUGAUGAUGAUCCCAGGAGUUCUGAUGAGGAUGGAGGACUUUCCCCGGUAGCCAUGACAACCGAGGCUGGGCUUGCUGAGAAAAUGGGAGAAGAUGCGGGCUUUCAGAGGGAGCUGCAGGAGGAGAGCCCUCAGCGGCAGAGGAAGGAUGGAAAAGGGAUGUGUGAGCUUGAUUUUCCUCCAGAGUCCCGGUUUCCACCUACCGACGGAGCCUCGUGGUCUGAGUGUAACGGUGCCUGCUCCGAGGAGGGAGCUUUCUCCUCAGACCACCUGGGCUACACACACCACGAUGAAAUAAACCUCACCGCCUCGAGCUUUCGCAACUUAGAGUAUAAAACAGAGAUCGGCGCUUCGUCCUGCAUGCUCACUCCUACCGCAUCCCCGAGGGACUCCAGCCUCCCCGAAGAACGAGGCGCUAGCGACAGCAGUGGAGGGCACAUGAAGUUUGGCAGCACCAGAGUAAGCCCGGUGGACUGGACCGUGUCUGACGUGGUCAGUUAUUUCACAGCCGUGGGUUUCCCCGAGCAGGCGGCAGCCUUCAGGACACAGGAAAUCGACGGGAAGUCUCUCCUCCUCAUGCAGCGCAACGACGUUUUGACCGGCCUGUCGAUCAAACUCGGACCCGCCCUCAAGAUCUACGAGCGUCACGUCAAGGUUCUGCAGAAAACACACUUUGAGGAGAAUGACUGCUACGAAGAUGCAAAAGAUGCACUCAGACUGUUAUGUUAACAUCUAAAUAUAGCUCAAGUAGUAAAAAAAAAAAAAAAAAAAGCAUGUCUUUACAUAAGGUAAUAUAAGUUUUGAGAAAAGCAUCAAGCAAACAUGGCUCAGCUUUUGUUUAGUCUGUGUAGGAAUUUCGCAGGAUUUUCUAGGAGGACUUUUCUACUGAAUGAAGCACAAAUGAUGGCCCCCCCAAAAAAAGUAGAAUAUGAGAACAUUUUUCGUAUGAAUAGAUCAAACACAAAAAGGCAUUUUAUUUUAUUUUUUAAAAUUGCAGCAUUUUUUUUAUUAUUAUUGUUAUUAAUCUGUGUAAGAUAGUUUGUGUUUUUGUGCUGUGUCUUAAGCUCAUCGCCUCAGAAUUCAUGUUACGUUUACAUUUUAGGUCUGUGGUAAAACAACUUCAUGCUUCUAGGUCUGAUUCUUCUUCAUGUGGAAGAAACGUAGUGGAAAAAAAAUAGCAGCUUAGAUAGAAGAUUUUUUUUAUACACCCUGAAGCUGAACUGAAGCUGGACUGAAGCGUUACGAUUACGUAAUUUGUGUUUAUGUCGACCCAGAACUCAUCAACACAACCAGCCGGUGUUUUCUCUCAGUUUUUUUAAAGGUUAUUAUUUGAGGGUUGAUGUUCUUCAUCUGUAGCCUAAAGCGUCACAUGAACAGCUGGCAAUUAAAGGUCCAUAAUGUGUCCAGAUAGAAUUUGCUCUGGUCGAUUGGGCCUUUUUGGAUUCUGACGUCAGGAAUCGUUUUUGCAAAUUUACUCUUUUGCCCAAAGCCUUGGUAUAACUUUGAUAUAUGACUAGGAUCUAAAUUAAGUUUCUAUAUGCAAAAAAAGGAGAAAAAAACUGCUUCAAAUUUGUUGUUUUUCUGUUUUUGCUGUUGUGUCUGGGCUGCACAGCACACCGAAAAAACCCAUUAGACAUGUUAAAACUAAACAACAUAAAAAAAAAUUACCAAAACCUGCGGUUCAUUAAAUGUAGCUCCAAAGCAGCACUGCAGGAAACUAAAGCUUGACUUCCAAGUGUAAAAGUUAUUGCUUAGUCCAAAACAGAUGGAACUGAUUUUUUAAACAAAUCAUCAGAACUGAAUGAUUUCCAUGGAAGCAGUGUUGUCAUGUUCCAGUCCUCAAAUGUCCGCAUGUCUUAAAUGCUCAGUUGGCUAAACAUUUGAUUUAAACAAAUGAGUCUUUAUUAAGCCUUUGCAGAACUGGAUGUAGAGGUAAUUAAGCCACAUUUCUCUGAGGGCUGGAUUUGGACUUAUCUAAAGAAUCAAGAGCAAUAAUACAAAGUCUCUGCAGCAGCAAACCGAUGUAGAAAAAUCCAUUUUCAGGGACUGAGCUAAUAUUUUCUGUUUGUCUCAUUUUUUUGAAUUUACAUGCAUGCAAAACUCUUCACGUAGCAAAGAAAACAGCGGUUCCACAGCAGCUAAACGAACUGAAAUCUGCUCAUGUUCAGCACAAUCCUUCGUCUUCAUCAGUCGGUUCUUGAAAGCAUCACAAAGGAAGAUUUUUGCAUAAGUAUGAGUUACACGUCCAACACACAUUUAUUUAGUUGUUUAUGUUUAUUUUGGCUAAAAAUAAAUAAAUAAAUAAAUAAAUAAAAAGAGCCAAAUUACGUUAUAGUAUGUAAGUGUGAGCUUCUUUUGGUCUAACUGAACUCUGAUUGCUGGAAUUUGAACAUGGUGGAUAUUUAUAAGUUUGCAUACAGAGAACAGCGAUCAGUUUACAUGUACCACGAAAAUGCACCAAAACCAGCAGAAUACUGUAUACGUAUUUACAUUGUAAAAUCCUCAUUGAACAAUAGAAUAUCAGUGAGGCAAUCAAAUAUUAAAAUGCGUUUUUACACUCUUGGUGACGUCAUGUGAGCAGAAAACGCAUUUCCUCAGCACCCAUUCUAUGUUUUCCUUUAAAACUUUCUUGCUUUAUUUGUCUUUUUUUUACACAUUGGUUUGCUUUGGCAAUAAUUUCUCCUGAGACGUGUUCCUGUUUGUGCAUUUGAACUUUCUCUACCUCUUGCUUUAUGCGUCGAUGUUGUUAUGUUUCGAUAUCAAAACGUUUUCUGUCACUUCACCUUUUUGAUGAGAGGAACCCGUUUGGAGAGAACAGCUGCGUUUCAGACUGUAGAAAAUGGUUGAUUUUCCUGUCAUUUGUUACUUGUUACAGAACAUUUUUAGUAAAUAAAAGCCAAAAAAUUAAAAUAUUAAAGCAAAACAUAUGCUGCUGUGUAGAAGUUAUGUGCCCGGUGCCUUGCAGAUUUAUUCACACAUCAUUUUCACAUUUCGUCACAAUAUGACCGCAAACCUCGGCGCAUGCUUUUGGGAUUUUAUGUGACUGAAAACAACACAAAGGAGAGCAAAUCUGUACUGGAAGAAAUAUCAGACGUGGUUUUCACUGAUCAGUUUUCCCUGCAUUUCUAUUCACUCCCCCAAUCUAAGUAAACCCAUCAACUCCAACCUCCCUGUCCCUGGAUGCUGCACUCAGGUUGAUGUGCAGGGUUCUGUGAUUUCCAUCCAUCCAUUUUCUUACACUCUCAUCCCAUUGGGGUCGGGAGAGGUUCUGGAGUCCAGCGGCCAACAGGCGAGAGGUGAGCUACACCCUGGACAGGUCGCCACUCCAUCGCAGUGUUCUGUGAUUUAUUGUUUUGUUUUGUUUGUUGCUGUUGUUGGAGGUUAGCCAUUAGGCUGAAUGUCAAAUUUUUGGUCUUUUAUCAUCGCCUUCUUGAAACAAGCUACAAAACUGGCCUGUAGUGACUUUCUUUCAGCUAUGGAUUCUUUUUGCCACUCUUCUAUAAAGAGUGGCAAGAUCUUUGUUGUUAAGAUCAUGAAGAGCAGCUGCAAACAGAUUCUCCCAUAGAUUCUCUGUCAAUGUAAUUGGGCGGCCAUUUUUUAAAUUUACAUAGUAAUUAAAUGACACACCGGUUAACGCUGUCUAUUAGCUAGGUGGUAUCAAAGGGCUGAAUUGCUGCUGCAUAAAAUCCCAGCCGGUUUUGUCGUUGCAACGUGACAAAGUAUGAGAAUUUUCAAUGAACACGGCCGGAUUUAGAAGGAUAAGGAACCCUGGGCUGUAGCCACUUUUAGAGCCCUAUUCUCAUGCAAAUUGUGAAAUAUUAUUGGGUAGGUUUACACAUUUACUGGUACGACUUGAUGGAGGGUCAGUUUAAAACGUGACAGACGGGCCCCCCCAUCCGGUCCCCAAAAAGAUGAUCAUUUUUCAAACAUUUGAGUGAAGUUUAAAUGAAUAGAAGUCACACAGUAUUUCAAUAAAAUAUACAUGAACCCAUGAUUUUAAUAUUAGCAGAGACGGUAUACACAAAAAACUUUUUUUUUCUUUAUUUUUUGCCUCCUGCAUCCUCCCCCCACCCUGGGCUACUGCCCCACAGCCCCUUUCCAGCCCCUGACCCAGGCAAUGAAUACCCAACACAAGCACUCAGCGCGUCAGGAAGGGAGUCGGUGACAGUUCAGAGCAGCUGGGACACAACAGCAGCUCGCGGUUCAACAACAAAAAAAUAAAAUAAAUUUAAAAAAGACGUGGCUGAUCCGGGUGACGACACAAAACACAGCUUCCAUUUUGAGGAGAAAAGGAAAUCUAUAUGCAGAAUUUAUUUGGGCGCAUGAAUAUUCAGCAGCUGCUGCGAGCAGCUGAGCUCUCGGUUUUACAUUUUUGCAGGCGAGGAGCGAGGGGUAGGAGGAAAUCUCACACUGUCUGCGCUCCGCGCUUUGGGACGCUCUCCAAGGUAAAGUGCCUGGGAUCCCUGGCGCUCAUGUUGGGGUUAUAACAGGAGACGCAGACGGACGUGUUUAUGCCACACAGGCAGAGUGCGGCUCCUGCAAACAUGAAGACUGAAGACAAGUGAGGGGG